AUGACAGACCCCGACAUCAUUAUUUAUGACAUCCCAGAUCCCUAUCUAGUGCCCAAUAAAUUAAGUCCUGUCAUCAUUCGAGGCACUGGUGAUAUUACCAUGUAUGCAUUUCUUCAGUUGUGUUGAUUGCUUCUUUAUUAGUUUUGGCAUGAACAACGUUUUUAACGAGGAGUUUCCUUCCGAACUUCAAGGCAAAGUCGCCCCAGAGGAAUACCAAGAAACUAUUUCCCGAGUUAACAGAAAGCUUCGAAACUCUAUGCCUGUGAAUUUGAAGUGGCUCCUUUGUGGCUUCAUAUGCUGCUGCUGUACCCUUGGCUGCUCUAUGUGGCCGGCCCUUUGCGUUAAUCGAAAAAUCAAACGGGAUAUCGAAAAAACUCUUAGAAUUGAAAACGCGCGGUUAUAUAAUCAGCUAGGUCUCCGUUGGAGUCUUACAAAACAAAGGUCCUCCGAGCCAGUUGUCCUCAUGGAAUACGUAUGUCCGGUUCUUACUAGAGGAUCAAUUUUUGAUUUUUUUACAAAAUAUUGUUAAACCUAAGCUUACUCGGUCUUCUCGUUAUUCAUUCGAAACCAGAAGAAUCUGUUUUCAGAGUUCCGAUAUACCUGCUAUCUCACAGCUUGCUUUCUCGUCUUAGUGGAACCCUGCAGUAUUCGCGAAUGCUCCGUUGUGAACGUUUCGCCUAUAGCCCUCCUUUUCGAGCUCACAUUGUAACAUUUUUAUAAGUUAACUUAAGUUUCACAAGAUGAGAAGCACAUGAUAGAAAUGCAGCUGUUGUAGUCUUCUAAAGUUGCGCACGUAAUUUUACAAACCAUAGCUUGUCGUCCCUAGUUGGUUAUGACGUACUCUAUACCUAACUCGCCGCACUUUUCUGCAAGAUUUCAUAAGACGUCUCAGUUAAGGCAUUACGGUUGACUGUUGCGUGUUGUACAAGUCAUUGUUCUAGGGUUGUGCUGGCCCCCACAAUUGAGUGCUAAUCUCUGUUUCACGGUUUUGAUUGAUAAUACCCCCUCUCUGGCCACUCCUUUUUUGAAUACCUGCAGUUAAUGAUUGAUAAUGUUAGACGAAAACCUGUAAGAUUGUAGGUCGCACAAUUUGCUGAACACUUCUUUUUACAUCUUACGUUUGCCAGGUUAGUUUCAAUUGCUUUGAGGUGUCCGUUUUGUUUCCCGACUGUAUUUACUAUGGUUUUCGGAUUAAAUAAUAUAAGGAUGAGGAAGGCCUCCUCCUCAGUCGCAUUUUUGGGGUCUGUGAAAACCAAUUACAGUCUGCUCGUGGAGGUUUCGGGUGUUAGGGACCACAGCUACUGGCGGAUAGUUUAAAUCCUCGGGUACCUGAGACGCCUUUAAAAUGCUUAUAACUGCCUAUUUGAAUGUUCAAACACCUUACCACUACUUAAAAGUCAUCUUAUAACAUUACCUAUUAAAAUACAUGGCUCCAAGUCACCCGUUAACACUUCUAAAAUUGUUACUCUCGUCAAGGCAAAAACUAAUCUUGUUACCCCUACAUCCGAAGAUGCGCACUUUCUUAUAGUAUUCAACCCUCUGCGUCGUCUCCUAGCGCCUGCAGUAUAUAAGAGUUAGAUCGGCGCAUUCACCUGUCCAGGGAACAGCUAAAAUAAAUGAAAGUAACUAGAUAUGCCCUACGCAAAAAAAAGAAAUCCGCGAAUAGGCGAAAACCAACGGUAAUUAUAUGAACAGCCAGGUAGAUUGUGACGAUCGCAGAGAAAUGACACCUGGAUGGAAGAAAUGAGAUUGUCCGGUUGUUCAAAUGGCGCAGAAUCUCUAGUCCUCGUUGAUGUAUCGUUGUGUCCACGGCAUAGUCUCGGGUAUUUUGGGUAUGAGUAGCCGUUGGCGACUACAGUUAACAAAUACUUUUUAGCACUGCGUUCGAAAGAAUUGUAAUGGUCAUUAUUUAAGUUUUCUGUCAUUCCCAUCGGUUACUGUCGUAAUGUGUAGUCUGUUUCACUGAUGAAACAGUUAUCUGUCUGGUCUAGUUCGGUCGCUUAUCCUUUUUUAUAUUCUGCUCUUUGGCCUCCUGACAGGGAAUCCGGUUUUGUUAAUUCACUUUCAUGGCCCGAAAGUAGUGUCUUGUUUCAAACUUUUACUGCAUGCCAACUGGUUUUCAUCCUCUCGAGCUUUCGAUCCUGGUCUGUGUAGCGCUAGCUUAAUCACAGUUUUGAAUUACACUUUCGUGACUCCGGCCACUUUGGCGAAGACAUCGAUAUCCUGACCACUUCGAUCCUUACAUCUGUCGACACUUGAGGCAUCUGCCUGCCUGAAAGGGGUCGCAUAUGCCUGCCUAACUUUCCUCUCUAGUGUAUCGAAACUGUAUACAUUGGUUUGUUUUGUGGUGGGUUUGACAAUCUCCAGGCUGGUAUUAAAGAGCGAGCGGCAAAAGACGCUCUUUCUGACCCAGUUUUUGCAGCACCAAAAUUCCUUUUCUAACUUCGAGUUUUAUGCAAAUUUAUAAGGCUCUUGCCAGAC